GGCGGACUGCAUUUAUUACACCAUCUUGAGUUGUGAACUGUCGGUGCCUCAUACAGUUGUGAAGAGACAAAAAAAGGUGAUAAUCACUGGGCGAAAUGUCGGGAGAAUAUGGCGGGUGCGUUAACGUUUCCCAGCCGAGUUCAGAAACACACAACAACACCUUGUUUGGGUGCAAGGAAGCCUUGGGCGUGUGUGGUACCAAAUCAGUAAGCGACAACCAAUGAUCAGAACGCUUGUAAUUUAAAUACAAGAUCCAUUUUUCGUCGCAGGUUAAUAACCGAUUAAGAAAUGGUUCAUUAGCGUUGCGUGAAAUGUCAUGCUGAACAAAUGGUAAGACGACUUAGAUUCUGAUGAAGUUGCAAACGAAUAGUUUCAGGACUCACUCUGAACAUUUGUGGAAGUUCUUGGCACGUUGUCCUGGAAUUUGCGACCACAACCUGUCGAAGAUCCUCGUUGUUCAUGAUUUUUGGUCUCCCUGAGCGCG